CCACCAACUAUGGAAUUGAAAGCCAACUGUGAUAGUGAUAGAGCUUUUGUUUGGAACACACCAGCUGAUUUUGCAGACGAGGAGCCGAAAGCUGAAACUUUAGCCAUCAGGUUUGCUAAUGCUGAAAAUGCAAAGAAGUUCAAAACAGCUUUUGAAGAUUGUCAGCAGUCGCUGUCCAAUGCAGAAGAAAAGAAAGAUAAAGAAAAACCUGCUGAAGAAGAAGAGAAACCAGUUGGCGAUGCCGACACGGUUGCCGAAAAAUUAGGAGAAAUGACGGUGAAAGAUGGAAAUAAAGGAGAUGAACCCAAUAAUGAUACAAGUAAAGUACAAAAUGGCGAUUCAAACGUGUCAAGUAAGGACGAAACGAAGGAGAAGGAAAAGUGAAAAUAAAUAUGCACCUAUCAAAUGGACGUCAAUCGUUAUUAUCUGAUGCCGUUCAUUAACCAACCAGGCGUUAAUUAGCUGACUUGCUGAAGCACUUGGCUUUACAUUAGCUGUAAAGAUGGUUAAAUUAACCAGGUCUUAAAUGGAAAAACUUUAGGAAUACGUUGUUGGAUACAGAAGGAAUAUUUCAUUCCAAAUUAUUCUGGAUACCAUCUGAGUAACUAUGACUUUUCAUGCUUUUAAAAUUAAAUUAAGGAGAAUUAUCACUGAACGUCAUCAUCAAAACAGUAGAUCAGUACGUUGAUAGGCUGUGUAUGGGCUAAUGCUAAGGUGUACAGUGUAACAAGCAACAUGUGUAGACUAUAAAUAAUAAGGAUUGAGCAUGAUUGAAACCAGUGAUGCAUAACAGUGUUGUUAUUAUUAUAGUGAUAAUCAUAUUAGGAAUGAUGUUGUCAUAUUAAUAAUAAGUGUCAUAUUAGGGACAUCAUGAUGUUAUGACAGUGUCAUUUAAGGUUUUCAUUACAGUCAUCUUGUAAGAAUGGGUUAUGUUGAUGUCAUAUUACCAAUAAUGUCAUUUUUGAUGAUGUCAUAAGCAAGCAUGCAUGAAGAGCUUGAUUUGUAACUAGGUAGCUGAUUGAUAUUACCUUAAGCUUAAGUAUGUUCUGCGAUGUGUGUGUGUAAGCAUGUGUGACGACGGUUUGGAUGGGUGACGACUGUAUGUAUGGGUGAUAAGGGACUGGGUGACAACAAGUUAGGGUGGUGUGCGGGCAACCAAUAUCAAAUUGUAGGUACAAUAAACACAAUGUCCAUAAUCGGAGUAUCUAAUAAACAGUUGAUUAAAUCUAUAAUUUCUUUGAUAAAUGUUGACAAUGGUACAAGGUUUACGUUCCUCGUAAAUUUCAACUUGCUGUUAAACGCUAGGUGGCAGCAACAGGCUUCUGACUAACACAUUAAGAUGCUACAAUUUUGUUGCAUGCUUACCUUUUUAUUUCAUGAUUAACUUUAAUUUAAAGAAAGGCUUUCAUUCAUAUGUUUUUAAGAGCUUUUUUAAAAAGUACUGUACAUUUAUAUUUUUAAAAGGGUUAACUUCAAAGAAUAAUUCACCAUACAAUAUAACAAGGAGGAUAGAUCCAUUUUUCACAAAUGUACCAUUCAGUGUUUUUUUUUCUCCUAAAAUAUGAACUUAUUUUUAAAGGUGUACCAUCUGUGAUAAGCUAAAAAGGAUCACUUGAAAAUCAAAAUUUAAUGUUUAAGUUGUUUUAUACGGUAUAUGAAGUAAAGUUUGCAUUGAAAAUAAGAAGUAGAACAAAUUUGAACAUAUGUAAUUUCUACAGUAUAAUACAAUAUUUUUCAUUAAAAUUUAAAAUAACUUGUGUGAUAAUUUUUAAUGAGAAAUUAGUUGCAAGUUUUUAAAAUUUAAUCACAGAUGGUAUAUUUUUAAUGGCAAAAGCAGGCAUGAUUAAUAAGUUUCCUUUCAAGUCCUAUCACUGUUUAUUAGUACUUCUGGCUAAGAUUGAAUGAACAAAAUUGGACCAUGUUUAUGUGAAUGAGUGAUUUCAUAGUAAAAACAAAAGGGGACCCAAAUUAUUUUUGAAGCUAAGCAUUUACUAACCAAGAGAUUUCAUAGAUCAUUUGGUCUCUUGCUUAAAAAUAUUAAAAUGAAUUGGAAUGAAAACCAAUGCUUAACUAUGUAUUAAAGGUUUAGUGUAUUUUAUUCACUAAAUACACUAAGCUAUGCAUUCUUAGUUAAGCAUAAGGUUUAUCGUAAUUUAUUCACUGAAAUUUGAGCACAUUUGAACAAUGUGUAAAUGCUAUUGUGUAUGUAACAGUAUUUAUAUAACGUAUGCACACAACAAAUGUGGUUAAGUUUUUUUAACCACAGAUGUACUGUAAUUUAAAUAUUUCACCAUAGUUAUUGUGUUGUCAAAAUAAAUCCUAAAUGCUAGCAA